AUGACUGCCGGAUCGACGCGUCAAGCAGCUGGUGGAUACCUCCGGGAGCCGCACGCCCCUAUUUUGGUCGUGCCACCAGCUCUUUACAUCGGUUCGCUAGAGACGGCGCUGGAGGUAGCGCGCCGCGGUGUACUCUAUCCGGUCCAAGUUAUCGUGUCGCUUGGAUGUGGCGAUGCCGUCCGCGCUCUGGAGGACUGGACUCGACAAGCGCCAGGCCGCUUCUGGUAUGAGGCCCCUGACUUGAAGGACACACCAGACCAGGAUUUAUGGCCUAUUUUGGGAGAAACAGUUCCCCUGAUACAGAGCGCGCAGCGCGAGCGACACGGCGUGCUCUGCCACUGCGUCUCUGGCCGGAGUCGAUGUCUAGCGGUUGUAUGCGCCUAUCUCAUGCACAGUUACGGGCACGACUUUGCUGAAGCCGAGGCCAUCCUCAAACGCAGUGGCGUCGAGCCCGACAUGAACCCCGGCUUUGUGCUGCAGCUGCAGAGAUGGAAAGGAGGUCGCACCGCCAUCGCGAAAGCGUCGCACGGGCUAACCUAUAUGGGCUUAUGCAGGGCCUGGUCUUCAGAGUAUGCCUUGGAUUGGAAAACGGUGGAACAGGAGGCACGUUGUGGAUUUGUCUGCGCUUGCUGUCGUUGGUGUCGUGUGCCGCUGUUUCGUCUCGCGGAGGAUGUUGUUCGGGAAGAUGCGCGAACGUUUCAGCUAUACGCCAUUUCAUGGAUGCAGCAGAGCACCGAGGUACCCGGGGCAGCGUGCGGAGUCGUCCAGUCAGGAGGAGGUCGUCUCCGAUGCCCUGGUUGUUCACGAAAGCUGGGAGCGUUUCGUUUCGAGCCGUUUAGGGAUGCGCUCUUUCUUGUAGAAAAGCAGGUGGUGAUUGUGCGUAGGCAAUGGAAGCCCGGCGCUUAA